ACCCUUUUCUCCUUACGAUUGAAGAAUCUGCAAACAACCAUAAUCACGAGCAAUAUCUCCUUCAUCUUUGUUAUUGUUGAAGUUCAUGCAUAAUGGUUUUUAGUAUAUGGAAUCUUCGUUCACGUUUUGCCCCUGAACCAAACUUGCACGAAGAAUAUGGAUCAUUAGAAAAUUUUUGUUCCUUCAAAAUCCAUCACAGUGGGGCUUUUACGAAGAACAGAGGAAUAAGAUAUAUUGAUGGAAUAGUUGAUUAUUACGAUUUCGUUGAUAUGGAUUUGUUUUCUAUUCACGAGCUAGCUGACAUGGUUAGGGAACUUGGAUAUAAGAAUGGUGAGCCAAUCUACCUUCAUUUUCAUACACCAGGUACUGAAUUGGAUUUUGGGUUAAUGCCUCUGGUUACUGAUGGGGAUGUUAAUAACAUGAGUAAAUACGUUAAGGAAAAUAAAGUCCUUCACAUUUACAUAGAACAUGGGCAAUCAACACUUAAUGAACCUAUUCCAUAUUUUUAUGAUGCAAAUGAAGGUCACCCAUUGGAAGAUGCUACUAAAUUAGAUUCAUUUGAAGGCCUUAAUUUUGGGGACACAAAUUUGGAUGAUGAUGAUUUGUUCAGUAUGGAUGAUGAGAGUGAAUAUGGGAUUAUAGAUGGUAGUAACACAAACAAUGAAGAGAGUAGUGAUUUACUAUAUGAUGAGAACAACAUCUUAAAUGAACCAGAGGUUGACAUGACAGACUUUAUUAGUGUUUUUGACCAAGAAGUUGACAGAGAUCCAAGUACCAUUCCAAUUCUUGAUUCAUUUGACAAUGGUGAAGAUGAACUGAAUGUCGUUGAUACCCAAGUUCUUGAUUUUGGGAUAGUUGCAGGGGACAAGAGGAUGGAAAUGUUGAAAAAUCUUGCAAAGCCAAUUCUUUGUUCACUAGGGGAAGUUCAUCAACCAACAUUCAGACUUGGUCAAAGAUUUAAGAAUAAAGAGGAUGUGAAGCAGUUGGUGAAACUUCAUUCAAUACACACUAAGAGGUCCCUUUAUUUUGAAAAAAAUGACAAAACAAGAAUAAGGGUAAAAUGCAACGGUGUUGUUCCAGACUUUAGCCAAUAUGUGGUCAAUUUGAAGGAAAAUACUUGUACUUGUAUGUAUUGGGAACUCACAGGCAUUGUUUGUAGUCAUGCUGUGAGUGCAAUUUGGGACAAAAUCAAGUAUGGUGGAAAAAAAGUACCUGAUAUAGAGGCAUGGGUUCAUCCAGUUUAUUGGCUUCAAACAUGGGCUGAUAUGUAUAGCCAUAAAAUAGACCCUAUUAAUGGAAAGAGCAUGUGGCGCAAAUCAGCAUGUCCUUUUAUACUAAUGCCCCCUAAACAUCAUAUUCAGGUUGGGAGGCCAAAAAAGAAGAGAAAGAAAGUUGUAGGUGAGGUUGUGACUACAGGGAAAAACUUGAGCAGAAAGUACAUCACAAUAACCUGCAGCAAGUGUGGAAACAAAAGGCACAAUCAAAGAAGCUGUAAGGGUCAAGGUGGAGAAAGAGAAAGGAUGAGUGAUGGUGGUAAUGAAGUGCAGAAGAAAGGCAAAGCAGUGGCUGAUGGGUGAUAUUUGUUAUGUUUGUGUUUAUGGGUACUUUGCUUUUGGGUAUUUUUGGUUAAAGAAUUUUUGACUUUUGCUUAUGGGUAGUGUUUUGGUUAGACAUAUUUUUAGCACAAUGCUUUUGUGACAUUAGAUUUUAAUUUAGUUUGUGUAAAAAUCAUGUUUUUGUGAAAU